AUGUCUACCGAACUAUGGGAACUUUCUUCUAAAGAAUAUAUUAAUGCACUUGAAUCCGGUGAAUUUUCUGAUAUCGAACUUUUAGUCGGAGAAGAAUCUAAUGCAAAAGUUUUUAAAGCACAUUCCGUAAUUUUAAAAAUACGUUCACCUUACUUCCGUACCGCUUUAUCAAACGAUUGGCUAAAAAAAGAAAAAAAUGUUAUUAAAUUUCAAAAACCGAAUAUUUCUGUUGAAAUAUUUGAAAUUAUUUUAAAAUACAUUUAUAGCAGCGUUAUUGAACUCUCCCACAACGAUAUAAAGACAAAUAUUGCAAUUUUAAUUGCAGCUGAUGAAUUAUGUCUUAACGACCUAUGUAUUUAUAUUGAAGAAUAUCUUCUUGGUAACGAUAACAAAUCAUUAUUAAAACAGAAUUUUGUUCUCAUUCAAGAUGUUGCAACUAGAUUUACUCAAUUUUGUAAAUUAGUCAAAUUUUAUAAGAUUAAUAUUCAACAAGAUCCCUCAUUAAUCUUUAAAGCAGAUGACUUCGUAACAAUUAAACAAGAAAUUCUCCUUGAUAUUCUUGUGAAAAACAAUCAUUCUGUAAAGCCAAUUGAAAUUUGGGAUAAAUUAAUGGCGUGGAGUAUUGCACAAUCUAAUGAAUUACCAUCUGAUAUAACUAAAUGGACGCAUAAAGAAGUAUCAAUAUUUGGAAAAGUUAUUAAACUAUUUAUACCACAUAUAAAUUUUAAGGAAAUUAGUCCUGUAGAUUUCGUUCAAAAAGUCAAACCAUUCAAAAAUUCCUUUGAGAUGGGUUUCUAUGUUCAAAUUCUUGAACAUUAUUCUUUUAAUGAUAAUGAUUCUAAAACAAUUGAUUCUAAGAUUAUUAAUUCCGACCAAGCUUUUUUAAUUGGUAGUGCAAUUAAAAUAACGAAACAAGGCAAAUAUAAUAGUACUUAUAAUUUUAAACUACUCGUUCGCGGAAGCAGAAAUGGAUUUGAAGUAGUAAUCUUUCAUAGUCUUUGUGAUGUCGUUAAUGAAAAGCAAGCAAUUUAUGUCUCAAAUUCAUAUGGUCCAGAAUUUGGAAAUAAUAAGGCUGAUUUACGAUUGCUUUACACAUAUAAAAAAGGUCAAUGUUUCAAGAACAGCUAUGAAAAUCUAAUUAGAAAAAAUGAAGGCGAAUUUGAAAUAGAAGAUUACGAAGUCUUUCAAGUGAUAGAAAGAUCAACUUAA